CAUCUGGUGAUAUCCAUGUGUAGAGUCUUCUCUUGUGUUGUUGGAAGAGGGUGUUUGCUAUGACCAGUGCAUUACAAGCCAGUUCAUGUAAUUUCACUACUUAUAUGGAUUACUUUGAGUAGUCAGAUUUAUAGAGACAGAAAGUAGAAUGUUGGUUGCCUGGGGGAAUAGGAAUUGGAAUUUAAUAGGUACAGAGUCUCAGUUGGAAAAGAUGGAAAAGUUCUAGGGAUAGGUGGUGAUGAUGGUUGCACUAAAUGUAAAAGUCUUUAGAAAAUCCUGCAUUGCUUAAAAAUAUUUGUUUUUAUGUUUACAAAACUGGUGUGAGUUAUAUUAUGCAUGAGAAAUCCAUUUCAGAAAAAGUAAAUACAGGGAUGCUUAAAAAUGCAUACUACUGUUAGAAAUAUAAUCUGACCUUGUGAAUGAGUAGUAUGUUAAUAUUAACUAAUUUUCCCUGUGUUCCCACAGUUGGGUUUCUUUUGUGGUCAUGGCAUCCAAGUAACUUAAAUAUUUAGUCACAGAGAUAUUGUGUUGAAGGGGCAUAAAGCCAGCAUUCCUAGAGUUCUGGAAAAAACUAGAGUGCUGGUUCCUAAAAUAGCCAUAGGAACAUGGAAAAACCACUUAUAUGGUUUAUUUUUUCAGGUGUCAACAGUAUUGCACUCGAUAAUCAACUCAGUUAAAAGAAUGUUUUAUGUGCAUUUCAUCCCCACCUCUUUUUGUACCUUUCAUUAAAAUAUCAAGAUAUAGAGGGGAGAGUGUGAACUUUGGAAUCAGAAAAAAUACAGAUAUCCCAAGUCUCAAACUUACUUAAUAUAUGACUGAAGAAGAGUACAACUGGGAACAACAUAGAAGAUGGAUUGAAAUGGGUAGAGAAUGGUGAUAGAACACCAAAAAGGAGAGAUGCAUUCCUGAAAAGGACAGGCGCCUAGAUCCCUGGGAUUGGAUCAAGUUCUACAGUUGUCUCUCUGAACUUAAGCAUUAUUGAGCCAUUCUAAGCCUCAGUUUGCCGUAUGAAGUUCAUACCUAUCUGGGAAGGGUAGUAUAAAGGCAUUUUAAAAAUAUUUAAUCAUUCAUGAGUUGAGCUUCAUUCUUGAGUCAUGGAUGACAAGGCUUCUGUUGGAAAAAUCAGUGUCUCCUCAGACUCUGUGUCUACUCUUAAUAGUGAAGAUUUUGUCUUGGUUUCCAGGCAAGGAGAUGAGACACCAUCUACAAAUAAUGGAAGUGAUGACGAGAAAACAGGACUCAAGAUUAUAGGGAAUGGAAGUGAACAGCAGCUGCAAAAAGAGCUAGCAGAUGUGCUGAUGGAUCCUCCAAUGGACGACCAGCCAGGGGACAAGGAGCUUGUGGAAAGGUCACAGCUGGAUGGCGAAGGAGAUGGGCCUCUUUCUAAUCAACUCUCAGCUUCAUCCACCAUUAACCCUGUGUCAUUAGUAGGGCUCCAGAAACCAGAGAUGAGCCUGCCAGUGAAACCUGGACAAGGAGAUUCUGAAGGGUCAAGUCCUUUCACACCAGUGGCAGAUGAGGACAGUGUAGUUUUCAGCAAACUAACUUAUUUAGGCUGUGCCUCAGUAAAUGCUCCCAGGAGUGAAGUGGAAGCCUUGAGGAUGAUGUCCAUCUUAAGGGGCCAGUGUCAGAUCUCACUAGAUGUAACCCUGUCAGUGCCGAAUGUAUCUGAAGGAACUGUGAGACUCUUAGAUCCUCAGACAAACACUGAAAUAGCAAACUACCCUAUCUACAAAAUCCUCUUCUGUGUCAGAGGGCAUGAUGGAACUCCUGAGAGUGACUGUUUUGCUUUCACUGAAAGUCAUUACAAUGCAGAGCUCUUCAGAAUACAUGUCUUUCGGUGUGAAAUACAAGAAGCUGUGAGCCGGAUACUUUACAGUUUUGCCACUGCCUUCCGCCGUUCUGCCAAGCAGACCCCACUUUCAGCAACUGCUGCACCUCAGACUCCAGACAGUGACAUCUUUACCUUCUCUGUGUCUCUAGAAAUAAAAGAAGAUGAUGGUAAAGGUUAUUUUAGUGCAGUUCCUAAAGAUAAAGACAGACAGUGCUUUAAACUCCGACAAGGAAUUGAUAAGAAGAUUGUCAUCUAUGUGCAACAAACAACUAAUAAAGAACUUGCCAUUGAAAGAUGUUUUGGUCUUCUCCUUAGCCCAGGGAAAGAUGUACGAAAUAGUGACAUGCACUUGUUAGAUUUGGAAUCUAUGGGCAAAAGUUCAGAUGGAAAGUCCUAUGUUAUUACUGGGAGCUGGAAUCCAAAAUCCCCACAUUUUCAAGUUGUAAAUGAAGAAACUCCUAAAGAUAAAGUGCUGUUUAUGACCACAGCUGUUGAUUUGGUAAUAACAGAAGUACAGGAGCCUGUUCGCUUUCUUCUAGAGACAAAAGUCCGAGUUUGCUCACCUAAUGAAAGAUUAUUCUGGCCCUUCAGCAAACGUAGUACUACUGAAAAUUUCUUUUUGAAACUAAAACAGAUAAAGCAAAAGGAGAGAAAGAACAAUACUGACACUUUAUACGAAGUUGUAUGCUUGGAAAGUGAAUCAGAGAGAGAGAGGAGGAAAACUACAGCCAGUCCCUCUAUUCGCCUGCCACAGUCAGGAUCGCAGAGUUCAAUGAUACCUUCUCCUCCAGAAGAUGAUGAAGAGGAAGAUAACGAUGAGCCUCUCUUGAGUGGAUCUGGUGAUGUAUCCAAAGAAUGUGCAGAAAAAAUUCUUGAAACAUGGGGAGAACUGCUGUCUAAAUGGCAUCUCAACUUGAGCGUGCGGCCAAAGCAGUUGUCAUCCUUAGUAAGAAGCGGUGUUCCUGAAGCUCUUCGAGGAGAAGUCUGGCAGCUCCUAGCAGGGUGUCACAACAAUGACCACCUGGUAGAAAAAUACCGAAUUCUCAUCACUAAGGAGUCUCCCCAGGACAGUGCUAUCACUCGUGAUAUUAACCGGACAUUCCCAGCCCAUGACUACUUUAAGGACACAGGAGGAGAUGGACAAGAUUCUUUAUAUAAAAUAUGCAAGGCUUAUUCUGUGUAUGAUGAAGAGAUUGGCUAUUGCCAAGGCCAGUCAUUUCUCGCUGCUGUUCUGCUUCUCCAUAUGCCUGAGGAACAAGCAUUCAGUGUUCUGGUCAAGAUCAUGUUUGACUAUGGUCUCAGGGAACUUUUCAAACAAAACUUUGAAGAUUUGCAUUGCAAAUUUUACCAGUUGGAGCGCCUCAUGCAGGAAUACAUCCCUGACCUGUACAACCACUUCCUGGACAUAAGCCUUGAAGCGCACAUGUAUGCCUCCCAGUGGUUUCUUACGCUCUUCACUGCGAAAUUCCCUCUCUACAUGGUCUUCCAUAUCAUCGACCUGCUUUUAUGUGAGGGAAUAAGUGUUAUAUUUAACGUCGCCCUUGGGUUAUUAAAGACUUCCAAAGAUGACUUGCUACUGACAGACUUUGAAGGUGCCCUGAAAUUCUUCAGGGUUCAGCUUCCUAAGAGAUACCGCUCAGAAGAAAAUGCAAAAAAACUAAUGGAACUAGCUUGCAACAUGAAGAUUAGUCAGAAGAAGUUGAAAAAAUAUGAAAAAGAGUAUCACACCAUGAGGGAACAGCAGGCCCAACAAGAAGACCCCAUCGAGCGAUUUGAGCGAGAGAAUAGGCGCCUGCAAGAAGCUAACAUGAGGUUGGAACAGGAAAAUGAUGACUUAGCCCAUGAGCUGGUGACCAGCAAGAUUGCACUGCGAAAAGACCUGGAUAACGCUGAGGAAAAGGCAGAUGCACUGAACAAGGAGCUGCUUAUGACCAAACAAAAGUUGAUUGACGCAGAGGAAGAGAAAAGAAGGCUGGAAGAAGAGUCUGCUCAGUUAAAAGAAAUGUGCCGUCGGGAACUGGACAAGGCAGAAUCCGAGAUUAAAAAAAACAGCUCUAUCAUUGGCGACUACAAGCAGAUUUGCUCUCAGUUGAGUGAAAGGUUGGAGAAGCAGCAGGCUGCUAAUAAAGUGGAGAUUGAGAAAAUUCGGCAAAAAGUAGAUGACUGUGAACGCUGCCGGGAAUUUUUCAACAAAGAAGGGCGCAUAAAGGGCAUGGGCUCAGCUAAGGAAGUUGUGGAUGAGGAUACAGAUGAGGAGAAGGAAACACUCAAGAACCAGCUGAGAGAGAUGGAGCUGGAACUGGCACAGACCAAGCUGCAGCUGGUGGAAGCGGAGUGUAAGAUCCAGGACUUGGAGCACCAUUUAGGCCUUGCCCUCAACGAGGUCCAGGCAGCCAAGAAGACGUGGUUUAACCGAACACUGAGCUCCAUAAAGACGGCAACCGGGGUUCAAGGGAAAGAGACUUGUUGAGAGCAGCUGCUGCCUCCAGACCCUUUGGAAAACAUGACACCUUUUGUUGCCUUCUUUGGCCAGAUGUGUGAUUCUGUGACAUGCCCCAGGACAGAAUGUCCGCAAGUCAGAUCCAUAGAAGCCUGUUGGGAGGUCACUGUGGACCAGAGCUCGUGAGGCCCUCCUCAGUGCUGAUACUAACAGGCCCGCCGACUCGCCUGCCGCUCUGGACGCUCCGAACGUCACUCCUCCAUGUGACCUCCGGCCUCUUCCCAGUUAGGUCAGCUCAUACCCAGCCCAGCAUCCGAGUUGACGUUAUCAGAGUUUGGGGAUCUUCAGGCUGUUGGUUUUUUUCUAAACCUUUAAUUUUUUUUUUUAAAUACACACACACAUACAAAAAAUAUAUAUAUAUAUAUAUAAAUAUAUAUAUAUAUAGGGGGAUGUAGGGCAGGGGAUCAGUAACUCAAGUACCUGCUCCAGUGCCAGCAGAGGGUCCUCUGUGUAGACAUGGAGAAGCACUUUGUUUAAAUAGGAGGGUUUCAUGCUUGUAGUUGAAGCCACCUAGUUUUGUUAAACUCUACAAUGCACAGGUUUUGGUUUGGCAUUACUCACAUGUUUCUGAUCAAUUCUAUGCAACUCUCAUAGUUUCUGUUGUUUUUAUUGUUAGCUGCCAAAUGACUCCACAGCGCUGGGGUGGGUGACUUGACCGACUAUGAGACUGGAUUAAUCAUAACGUGGACAAAUCUUAUUUUGCUUAAUGUGUCUGUGUGUGUGUGUGUGUGUGUGUAUGUGUGUGUGUGUGUGUGUGUGUGUGUAUGUGUGUAUAGAUAUCUUUUUCCCAAUGCACCCAACUGACAGUGUUUAAAUCCCAGACUAGGACUGAUCUGCACAGCGCUGGGGUGGGUGACUUGACCGACUAUGAGACUGGAUUAAUCAUAACGUGGACAAAUCUUAUUUUGCUUAAUGUGUCUGUGUGUGUGUGUGUGUGUGUGUGUGUGUGUGUGUGUGUGUGUGUAUAGAUAUCUUUUUCCCAAUGCACCCAACUGACAGUGUUUAAAUCCCAGACUAGGACUGAUCUGCACAAGUUAAUUACGUGGUUAUUUGGGCACUUACUUCAUUCAAGGUUUGUCGGGCUCUGCUCUCCACCCUGCUGGUGUGAGAGCUGUGAAGAGCACCUUCAUGUCAAGGUUCCUAGUGUUUUUGCACAACAGGUUGUACAAGUGAGAAAGACUUUGAGUUCUGUGUGUGUGAAAGAGAGAGUGUGAAUGUAAGGCUGUGCAGACACAUGCCAAGAGGCCCGCGUCCUGCUGGCCUGUGUCCCCGCCUGCCUGGGCCCUCCCUGGGGUGAGGCCAGUGCCAGCCUUGCUCUUCGGAUGGGCUGCAGGUUCUCACUUCAAAACUAUAGAAUGGGGGUUUUAGCACCUUUUUAAAAAAAAUAACUUUAGACUUUUAAUUUAUAUAGUGAUAACGCUGACAGGCUGUCUCGCAGAUGAUUCUGCCGUCUUCUCUGCGUGCAGUGUGGAGUAGCUGGUUACAAGAGGCACUGGUUUGUAUAUAAAGAGACUUGGGUGGUUUUGUAUCUCUUUUUCCCUGUUGGCUCUAUUAACACUUGCUGAGGUCAUCUGUGAUAAGGGAGGUAACAAGCGGCAACCCCUGAUCCCCCCAGACCAUCCCCUCCACUGCUGUCUGUGUCCUUCUUGUUCAGUUACCAAAACAGCUAUGCGCCCAUCUAAAACUAGGUGUGUGGACAUCGUGCCAGGGUAGUUUCAGUGUGUCAACUCUAUGAAUUGAAAUAUAAACCAGUAAAAUUGUAUUACUGUUUCUUUUGUUGGUUUUAUUUUAACAGCAUAUUCAUUAAAUAUUUUGGUACAAACAGCA